AUGAGGAAUGAGAUUAGGGAAAGCAAUGAACGAACGACGGCUAUUGACCAGUCUCGUCAAAAUCUGCACACCCCGAGAUGUGUUAUUUUGGUUAUCGCCGGUCAAGAUCCCACGUCACGGGAACCCGUUUCUUCCGUUGAGGGAUUCGAUUUAUUCAGCCAAAUCUGGAACCACCUACCUGCGCUGAAAACAGCAAGAUAUUGCCAUGCAAGUGUUAUAUUUAACAACAAAAUACUCGUCUGUGGCGGCCUCACCACGUCCUCGUACGACGAUCCCACAGAUAGCAUUGAAGUAUUUGAUUUAGAUAACGACCCUCAGGAAUGGAAGAGGUUUGCUGUCAAUCUUCCUAUAAAAGUUGCAGCUCACAAGUGCGUAGUGUAUGAAGAUCGUUUAUUGAUUGUCGGUGGUGCUGACGGAAAAGAGUUUUUCGAUACAAUCUACGAGUUACGUCUUGUUCCACCUUAUUCAUCCAGGUUACUUUGUCGCAUGAAGAAAAAGCGCGCGUUGCAUGGAGUGGAACUAUUCGAUGACAAACUUUUAAUUGCUGGUGGAAUGGGAGCGGAAACGGACGUGGAAAUCUACGACAUAACAUCAAAUCAGUGUUUUGAAAUGCCACCAUUACCUUCGCCUGUUUACCAAAUGGCAACUGUUCGUCGUGAUGAAUCAAUGUUGUUAAUCGGGGGAAUUGACAAGAACGGAGAAGUGAGCAAUGAGAUUAUCGGGUAUGAAUCUAAAACCGGCUGGAGUGAGAUUCUAUUGGUCAUGGAAGACGAGCGAGCUUCCUGCUUGGCUGUUUUAGUGGAAGACACGCUUGUGGUAGUAGAUGGUGCGGUCCAGGAUGAAGUUAAAGGCAAAACAGAUUGUUUCAACUUUUUACCGAAUUCUUGGACAAGUUUGCCCUCGCUAUCAGAAAUAAGAUGUCAUUCUACAGCAGUUGUUGUGAAUAAUGCUUUCUGUCGACCAUUUACAGCAUGA